AUGUCCUCAUGGUUUCGCUUACCCGCCUAUUCGGACAACAGGAUAUCGGCUAAGACUCUUCAGUUUGUGGAGGACGUUAGGAGCACCCAGUCAGUAGCAGCUAGUGCCGGAAUCGAAGCAGGCCGCUACAAGAGAAAUAUAUCCUUCCUUCAGUACUUGAUAAUGAAAAAUGUAGCCCUCAAAGCGUUCUACUUUACUCACCUCCGACAGGCACUCGCUCCACCAACACUGGCCUCCCUCCUGGGCAACGCACUGGCCGAACAACCACAUACGGUGGAAGACUUCUUCCGUCUAUGCAGUCGCCUAGUACAGCAUUGCGCUCCCCUCUUUUUCACCUCCACCAGCUUUGACCUUGCCGCUCUGCUAGACACCAGUAUUCGCUCCCUGGACCUGCCGACCAUCGCUACUUCCUCCUCUGCCGCCGCAGAUGACCUCAACGUUUCCAGUGGCAGCCAGCAACAGCAGGGCGCCUCCAAGGCGGGUACCAGCGCAACCGCCGCCUCCGCUCGCUUCCUCUUCGAGCUUCUCCUCUUCACUGCAGAAUCCAGCGAAGACCAGCCCGUGGCG